GUGAUAAAACUCAAGUCUUAAAUGUAAAGCUCAUCAAAUUCAUUGUGGAAUUUGUUGCACAUCAUAUCCUGUGUAAUUUUCAUGGCAAAUGUGAACAUGUACAUUCUGGUAAAAUGCCUUUAGAAGGCUUCAAGUUUGAGUGAUGCGAUGAAUAUUGCAGGGGAAUAUUUGAGGACAUUUGGCAAACCUGUGAGUUUUAAAUGAGAAAACACUGUGAUACAGUAGACUCAGGAGGGCCUGCUUUGCUUACUCCCACCCCUUACUGUGUAAAAUGGGCGAGGUUUGCUCUCUGGUCCCUCCCUCACACCAACUCUGAGUAUUUGAGUUUUCCCUCCCUCGCACAUCCAACAGAACAAAGUUAGAGAUUGUCAGAGCACACAGAGUGUGCGUUUAGAAGUUAGGCAGCGCCACUGAGGCAGACAAUGAAGUAUUAGGGGGACAAAGGAUUUUUUUUAAAAACAACUUAUGUGUUUUUUUUUUUUUUUUUUUUAUGUUUAACUCAAUUGUGGAUUACAUUUGUGGAUAACUCUUGGGAAUAGCAGACCCUUUCCAGUGGAUUUUAUUAAAAGAAAUGGUGGCUUACGAUGAACCUGGUGUGGUGCCUAUCAAAAGGACUCUACAGAAAAUAGACUAUCAGAACCAAGCGUGCAAAGAACUUGAGGAACCCAGUACUAAGCGCGUGCGGCCGCUGGGCCGAGUCACCUCGCUGGCGAACCUCAUCUCCCCCGUGAAGAAUGGGGCCGUCCGGCGCUUCGGUCAGACCCUGCAGGCUUCAUUGCGGGGUGACGGGCGCUCCCCGGGCGUGCCCCAGCACAAGGCAGGCAGCAAGGCUGCGGCACCCACACCACCCAAGCGUCGUAACAGCACCCUCUGGUCCGAAACUCUGGAUGUGCACCAAAAAGGAACCUUCUCCAUGAAGGAGAUAAAGAGGCAAGAGGCCAUAUUUGAGCUGUCUCGAGGAGAGCAUGACCUGAUUGAGGACCUCCAGCUCGCCCGCAAGGCAUACCAUGACCCAAUGUUGAAACUAUCAAUCAUGUGCGAAGAGGAGCUGACUGCCAUCUUUGGAGAUCUGGAUGCUUAUAUCCCACUUCAUGAAGAUCUGUUGGCACAGCUGGCCAUAGCGACAGGCCCUGAUGGGACAGUUGGAGAGAUCGGCCAGAUUGUAGUUGACUGGCUGCCCAGACUGAAUGCAUACCGGGCAUACUGCAGCAACCAGCUGGCAGCCAAAGCCCUGCUGGACCAGAAAAAGCAGGACCCAAAAGUGCAAGACUUCCUGCAGCGCUGUCUUGAGUCACCCUUCAGCAGGAAGUUGGACCUGUGGAGCUUCCUCGACAUCCCCCGAUCACGGCUAGUCAAAUACCCGCUCCUGCUGAGAGAGAUCCUCCGACACACACCGCCUGAACACCCAGACACUGCCAGCCUUGAAAAAGCUAUCAGCAUUAUUCAGGGUGUGCUGGCUGACAUUAACAUGAAGAAAGGUGAGUCGGAGUGCCAGUACUACAUCGAUAAACUGGAGUACCUGGACGACAGGCAGAAAGAUCCACGCAUAGAGCAGUGCAAGAGCCUGCUGUGCCACGGCGAGCUGCGCAACAAGAGUGGCACGAAACUGCACGUCUUCCUGUUCACUGAAGUUCUGGUUCUGACGCGGCCCGUGAUGCGGAAUGAACGCCAGUGUUUCCAGGUGUACCGUCAGCCUAUUCCAGUGCAGGACCUGGUGCUGGAGGACCUGCAGGACGGAGACGUGCGCAUGGGCGGCUCCUUCAGAGGGGCUUUCAGCAACUCUGACAAAGCCAAGAACAUCUUCCGUGUGCGUUUCCAGGACCCGGCGCAGGGUCAGUCACACACACUUCAAGUCAACGACAUUUUCCACAAGCAGCAGUGGCUCAACUGCCUGCGCAGUGCCAUGUCUGUCAUCCAGAGCGACGCCUCCACUGACACCUGCUCUGGUCGCCGCUCCUCCACAGCUUCCACAAUCGUCCACAUGGAGGAGACGGACGAGAACCAGCCCCAAAGCCAUGAGCCUCCCAGCCCCACACCUUCCACCACCUCUACAUCCUCCUCCUCAUCCUCCUCAUCGUCGUCAUCCUCCUCAUCGUCGUCAUCGUCGUCAUCCACAUCAUCUAGCUCGCCAAGGAAAUCUAAAAAGGACAAGCGCAUGCUCUGCUCUCUGGGCAAGAGGAAGGAAACCAUGGUGUAGAGAGCUCUCAGGCUCUGCAUGGACUAAAAGCUCGUCCCAGAGCGGACUUGUAUUUAUGUGUAUGUUGGAACCCUGUGGUUCCUCAGCAGUGUUUGUGUUACUGUCCUCAAUGGCAGCUAUAUCCCCUCUAAUCCCCACACACACUCCAAGCCGACCCAUGGGGAACAAAUCCGGACCAGGGAGAUGCAGUAUUCUCAAGGGUUAACUGCAUGCAUCUCAAGAAGUGUUUUACACACAUGCACACGCUUUCACUUGGUGACCAGUGUGAGAGUGAGCAUGAGAUCACACAAGCCCUGUUUACUGUUAGUUUGGUAUUAUUGUAUUAUUAUUAUUAUUAUUAAUUUGGUUUGUAAUUAAAUGUUACCUUUUUUUUUUAUAUAUAUUCUCAAUCAGAAAUUUACUGUAGCUCUUUUUUUUUUUUUUUGGAAACAGCACUGUAGCUUUCAGCUGAAAAAUUGAGUGUAUGCAAAAGAUGCAAUAAGGGAAAAGAACAGCCACAAAGAAAAGAAAUGAUCAAAAUAAGAACAGUAUACUGGAAGAGUUGAAUUUCAGUACAUUCCUCUUAAAUCAAUAGCUGUUGUUUUAUCAGCUUGACACGUUGCUGUAUGGAUUGUACAUGAUUUGGAAAAACAGCAUUAAUUUAAAUCCAUUUGUUAUUCUUUCUUGAAAACCAAAAGAAAUCACAGUCAAAUUGUGAUCUACUAAUCACAAAGAUCAGGAUAUGUGGUAUUUUAUUUUACUCGUGUAAAAAUGAAACUGAGCCAUGUUGGCUUUUUUUUUUUUUUUUUUUUUUUUUUUUUUUUUUUUAUAAAAAGAACUCCCAACAGGAAAUGGAUAAAUUUUCAAUGUAUCAUCUUGCAUGGAGCUUUACUUGUACAAUGGUGUGUAAAUGCUUGUAUAAAUAGAAGAGUUCACUGAAACUGAUGGCAAGGAACUUGUAUGUUGUAUGAGGGCUUAAGAUAUGUUGUUUAUAAGAAUUCUGAAUUGCAUUGAGUGAGAAGAGUCUGACUUUGAUUCUAGAUACUGCGCAUAAUCAGUUUUUGGUUGUUUGUUCGUAGUGUUCUGAACAAAGCACGAAUGUUGGAUGCAUUGGUGAAAAGCCAGUGAGCGUUGUUUACGAGGAAGGAUGAAAAGCACGUAGAAAGAAAGGCAAAAGUGAAUGUUGUGUGGGGAAAAAAGUCACAAGAACAUAGUAGUUUGUAUAAAAGACAGAGAUGUGUUGUCUGUGUUGAAGUGUGAAGUGAGCUUGUAAAUCUGUUUGCUGUAUAAAGAGAACAUAAUUAAAGGGACAAUAAAGAUCUGUGUAAGAUAUGCAUCUGAAAA